CUCCGUUUUUGCCCCAAAAGUCCCAAUAAAACCGCCAAGUUGGAGAAAUUACAGACCCUAGAUAAAAAACCUUAUUUAAUUUUAGACAUGGACGAAAUAAGUCUAAGUACAAUCCAGGCCUUGGAGAGGAUACCCCUGGAACAGCUCAUAGAAACCUAUAUAAAAAUGAGCGUGGAGGUGAUUAAGGAAAUGCAGAAUCGCGACGAUCCUGAAUUUUUGAGAAGCCUCAAAUAUGCGAAGAGUCAAAUGACGCGUGAAGAAUUUUUGUCCAUACAAAUCGAAGUGUAUGCAGCAUGCAACCAGUUUGCGAUGCAACAAUGCACGGUUUUCUGUGUUUCAGCUGUCGAUCAGAUCGCUCACAUGGUGGUCUUGCACGACUCCGUAUCUCUGAUGGAUCUGUAAACAAAAACACUAAAGCAACAGGCUGCAGAUAUCACCCAGCAACAACAAUUCACCGUAAGAUUUGAAAUACACUCGCCGCCGUCUCCACAUCUCAUAGAAAUCAGGACAUCACCAUCACUUAGUUUUGGAGUGAUCAAUAGUAGGACAAAGCAUAACUAUAUCUGCAGCCUUUUUAAAGCCGAUUUCACCUAUCACACGAUUUAAAAAUGUUCAAAACAGCAGUAUUUUUAAAAGUGCAUCUAGCACUGGUUUACAGGGAACUACAGACAACACACAGUUUAGACAUAAACAAAAUCUGAAAAAAAAAACUAUCCUAUCAUUGGCGUGUAACUAGGAAGUCUUGAAAGGUGAAAUCAGGCAAAUCACAUCAGCAUUCUUCACCAAAAAUAUUAAUGCAUCCUCUACAUGUUGCAUCAAUUUACUUUAUGAGCUAGUAGUCUGAUUUUCUUAAGAUAUAUAAUAUAUAUAUAGUGGGUAACCACUUGUUAGGUCUAUAAAGGACCUUGGCGCACACUGGGCACAGCUGCGACACAGAUCAGAUGCACGUUGUCGCGUUGUCAGUGUGUUGCUUUAUGCGCAAAGUGACGAAUGGUAAUGUGUCAUCUUUAGGCGAGAUUCCACCGGUGUGCGGUGCUGUGACACAUGUUUCUGUACAACUUGCUUUAGCAAACACCAUCAAAUAGCGAGCAUCAUUUUAAAAUUCUUACCCUUGCGCGAAACACACAGUCGAUGAUUACAUUGUAUUUCUUGUCUACCAAGAAAUAUGCGCAAUUUUUGUUUAUGGAUCUCGCCAUUAUUGAGGUAUUUUAUUACUCAAAGAUAUCGUCAAGUAGUUAGUUCUAGUUAGGUGUAAAAUCUCAUUGGACGUAAAACGUUUAUUAGAGUUCAUCUUAAUGUUGAAGAAAAAAAAAAUAGAACCUACUGCUGUAACUAUGUGAACGGUCUCAUCAAUGUAUUAGCAAUAUUGUCAGGUUAAGGACAUUGCUCACUUAACGGCUCUUUCCCGACAUAGAAAUUUGACAUUACUUGUAUGAGGGCUGGUAAGCAUAAUCAAUCUCUGGUAAGCAUAACAGCAGAUAGAUAGAGUAUUGGGAACAGCCGUUAGUCACUUGAGGCACCACCUAUCUACAUCCACUUCGGACUGCCUAACAUCAUUAUCACGCGUGAUCCACUGGUCUACUGACUGGCAAGUCGCUUGAUGCCACAUUGACAACACGCCAACUAGUGACCACAAGACAUCUACCUGUCAACAACCAGUGGACAUCUUACAAGUCGUGUGGGGGACAGUGAGCUAUGACCUUUACAAUAUUAAUUAUCACUAACAUAUAUGUGUGCAUUUAAUGUUACUCACGGAAAAAUAAUAAGCAUAUACCACAAUAUUUAACCAUAUUUAAUAGAUUAUCUUCAGUAAGGGUCUAAUCACACUAAAACAGUGGCAAAGGAAAACAAAUAAUUGAAUACAACAUUGCAAACUGUCAGCUGCUGCGAGUAGCUUUUGUUAUAGUGUGGUAUAACCCUAAUUAAAUUAAAUAAUAUAAAAACUUGGAAUUAUUAUAGUAAAAUAUUCUAGAGUUAGGACUCGUAUUCGUUCUAGAACACGGAUCACGUAUCUAGAACUUUUUUGUUUUAGUCUAUUUUUUAUAUCUGAAAAGAAAACAAAGCAACAGUAAAAUCCCAAAAGGGGUUACGUUUCGGGACGUUUAACCUCAAAAUUAAUUGAUGAAAUACAUGAACAGUCAAACUGUUAAUUUAAUUUAUCCUCUUAAAGCUGUUGGUCGAUCAAUAUAUCUAAAUUUAUAUAACAUGUAUGUCGACUUAACGAAAUCUAAACUUGUAAUUAAUUUGUUUUAAUUCUGAAAUAAACAACUUAAAUGUGAAUAUGCGAAA